CAUGUAGAUAGGAUGAUCGUCUGUUUUGCAUCUAAAUGUUUUUCAACUGAUUUUUUUGUAAAAUGAUCUCAUUCGAUGUAAACCUAAGCUAUGCUCAGUGACCUUGUUGAUAAGGUUAGUGUUGAUCAAAUGGCACUAAGUUGUUUAGAUUAAGACAAGGUAAACAAUGCCAUGGGAAUGGAAGGGAGGAAGAGAGCUCCCGGUGUGGCACAACCAUCCGUUCAAAAUGCCCAAGAAGGAACGGGAUGCGCUCGUCCCUCUUAAACUGGUUACCCGGAAACAAUGGGGGGCUCUGCCCAAUAAUGACGAGUAUCCGAUGGAACUUCCGGUGAACUAUGUACGAUACGUGCAUACCCUCACGGACCCCUGCAACACUAAAGAGGAAUGCGUUAAGAUAAUGAGGGAUAUGCAAACACAACAUAUGCGGGAAGGGAUGCCGGAUAUAAACUGGAAUUUCUGGAUCGGAGGAGAUGGCACCGUGUACGAAGGCCGGGGCUGGGAGCUGGACGCUACAAGGGAAUUGGAUAACUGGCAACACAUAGAAGCAGAGUGUAUUGACAUCGCAUAUAUCGGAAAGUACGAUAGGUUCGGUAAGUAA